AUGUCAGAGAUACUGCCAAGACUUCCUGCAAAAUGUGUAGGUCGUGCAAAGAAGUUUUGGCUUGCUGGUGAUAUUGUCAUAAUUCGAUUUGAUGUGAAUACAGAGACGUUGUCAGAAAUAGGGUUUCCAUAUGUUGGCAAUGGUGAAACAUGUCAGGGGAACUUGGUUAAUAUGAAUAACAAACUUCACGUGUUUGUUAGUCAUGGGUUUAUAGAUAUGGCUGUGGAUCUAUGGCGUUAUGAAGAUUGGGGUGAGGUUUAUGAAAUAGAUUUGAACAAGAAGACAUGUGACCUUUUCAUACCAAGCGAUUGGAAUCAUGCUAUACGGACAGCAAUUGUCGCUUUCUUUCUUCGAAUUUUGUUUACCAUAAAAAUCAUCAUAUUGAGUAGCUUUGGAGAGCCAGUUGGAGAAUUAAGUUGUCAUAAUGUUACUUUUGUUGUUGCUUCUAUUUUGAUAUAUGUAUCAGAAGGUGUUGAUAUGAGUGCACCUAUAUCAACUGAUUCCGAUUCAAUUUCUUCGGUCCCUUCGCAUGAAACGUCAGCAUCUACACGUGUUGAAUGUCGUAGGGGCCGUGGACGUAUGGGCCGUCCUCGAUUGCGGGAGCGACUUCCUGUUGUGACGCCUGAUGUUGCAUCCUUUGGUAGUUCUAGCAGAAGUCUGGUACGCUAUAUGCGUAUGCCAAAUGAAAAUAUAUCUUCUAAUGCAACGACUGAAGUAGGGCGUAGACGGACGGGCCAAAUGGGUCGUCCUCGAUUACGUGAUCGCCCUUCUGAUUUAACAUGUGAAGCUACAAGUACUCAAAGACGUUGCAAUGUUGAUCGUAUCAACAGAGGUGUUGUGCAUUAUACCAGUAGAACAAAUGGAGCUGCACAAUCUUCAUUAGGUUCAACGGUUUCACAAACAUCUGGAUGUCUACAUUCGAAUCAGGUGGAAAUACCUUCCCGUGCAAACGUCUUUCAAGACGAAAACAGACAUCGGCGAUGUCCGUCGUAUUGGGAUAUCGGUGAUGCAAACCAUAGUUGUGUUCAUUGUGGAUCUAUGCUUUGGUAUGAGGAACGAACUAUUAAAAGUUUAACUCCUCGUGUUCCAAGUUUUUCAUUAUGUUGUAGUGAAGGAAAGGUUUGCUUGCCAUUUCUUCGACAUCCUCCUCAAACAUUGGGUCGUCUUCUUGAUUACAAUGGGGAAUCACGAUCUCGAGUGUUUAGAGAAAACAUAAAGCUUUUAAAUGCGAUGUUUGCAUUUACCUCAACCGGUGGGAGAAUAUCUACGGAUUUAAAUGAUGGUCGUGGGCCUUAUACAUUCCGUUUGAAUGGCCACAAUCAUCAUAAUAUUGGAUCAUUGUUGCCUAUGCAUCCUGAUGAACGCCCUAGAUUUGCUCAAUUGUACGUUUAUGACACGGAAAAUGAGAUCGAUAAUCGCUUUUAUGCUUUGCGAAAUUGUGUGUCACCAACGUCUGAUCAAGUCAUCCUGCGCACAUUAGUGAAUGACUUGCUGUUGAUGGUUGAUGCGAACAAUGCAUUGGUGCAGGCUUUUAGGAUGGCACGUGAAAGGUUUAAUGACAACUCAAUGCAACGUCUUACGCUUCGCUUGCUUGGUACGCGAAAUAGAAGAGAAGGACAAUAUUCUUUGCCUACUGUUCCUGAAGUGGCUGCAUUGAUUCCAGGUGACGGAAAUUCUACGGACUCACGUGAUAUUAUUAUUGACAAACGUGGUAGUCGUAGUGCAAAGCGUAUAUCUGAAUUGCACCCAAGUUUUAUGGCGUUGCAGUAUCCUUUGUUGUUUCCGUAUGGAGAAGAUGGAUUCCAUCUUAAUAUUCCUCUAUGUAAUAUAUAUGCAUCAAGUAGGCGGCAAUCGGUUUCAUUAAGAGAAUAUUAUUCUUACCGUUUACAACUUAGGAGGAAUGAAGGUAAGACAUUACACAAAUCUGGCCGUUUAUUUCAGACGUAUGUUGUGGACUGUUAUUCAGCUAUCCUUGAACAUGAGAUGAAUUGGUUUAAACAAAACCAAAACACUAUUCGUUCGGAUUUGUAUAAUGGUUUAUAUGAUCGUAUCGCUGAUAGUGAAACAAGUUGUAAAGCAGUUGGUCGACGUGUUAUCCUGCCAGCAACAUUUGCCGGUGGACCAAGAUAUAUGAUUCAACAGUAUCAAGAUGCAAUGGCUAUUUGUCGUUGGGCUGGGGCUCCGGACCUUUUUAUUACUAUGACAUGCAAUUCAAAAUGGCCGGAAAUUACCCGACACAUUCAAGCAACAACCCCUGGCAUGAGUGCAUCCGACCGCCCAGACAUUGUUGCCCGUGUUUUCAAAACUAAACUUGAUGAACUUAUCAAAGACAUAAGGAAAAGGAAUAUUUUUGGACACCCGAAAGCAGUUAUCUAUACAAUCGAGUUUCAGAAACGAGGACUUCCACACUCUCAUAUUCUGCUUUUUUUACAACCUGAAGAUAAGAUUAAUACGGUUGACAAUAUCGAUAAAUAUAUAUCUGCUGAGCUUCCUUCGGAGGUGGAAGACCCUAUAGCUUUCGGUAUUGUUCGUACGCAAAUGAUGCAUGGUCCAUGUGGUUUGCUAAACCCUUCAAGUCCUUGUAUGCAUAAUGGUGUAUGUAGUAAAGGGUACCCAAAGAAUUAUUGUGAGGAGACAUUCAUCCGAAAUGAUGGUUGGCCGUGUUAUAAGAGGCCCAAUAAUUCAAGAGUUGUUAAAGUUGGUUCUCAAGAUAUUAAGCUUGAUAAUCGGUAUGUUGUUCCGUAUAACCGUGAAUUGUUGGUGAAAUAUGGUUGUCACAUUAAUGUUGAGUGGUGCAACCAAGGGAUGUUAGUCAAGUAUCUGUUUACUUAUAUAAACAAAGAUCCAGAUCGUGCAACUGUGGUUUUGGAAGGUGCUCAAAAUAGGACAACGUUUGCGUCCUUAUUACAUAAUGAAAAUGAAAUUGAGGAAUAUUUAAAUUGUCGGUAUAUAUCUUCUAUUGAGGCAUGUUGGAAGAUUUUUGAAUUUGAAAUGAAGUACCGUGAUGUUGCUGUUGAGCGAUUACCUUUUCAUGAGGAAGGGUGUAAUAGAGUGUAUUUUCAUGAUAAUGAUGAGGUUGAGGAAGUUGCCCAACGUGCUACUGCUAGCAUGUCAAAAUUUACUGAAUGGUUUCGUGCAAAUGAAAGGUUUCCGCAUGGUCGUUCUUUGACAUAUGUAGACUUUCCAACAAAGUUCACUUGGCAUGAAAAGGAGAAGGAGUGGUUGCUACGACAUAGGACGACUUGUAUUGGCCGCAUUUAUUAUGUGAGCCCAUCGAUGGGUGAAAAGUAUUACCUCCGUAUGUUAUUAAAUGUUCAACGUGGGCCAUUAAGCUUUAAAGACAUUCGUACGGUUGAUGGUGUUGAGCAUCCAACUUAUAUGUCUGCUUGCAAUGCGUUGGGUUUGUUAGGAGAUGAUGUUGAGUGGGUAGAUUCAAUACGUGAAGCUUCUCAAUGGCAGUUGGGGAAUCAACUUCGUUAUUUAUUUGUCUGCAUUCUAUUGUUUUGUACGGUUAGUAAUCAACGGAGGUUAUUUUUUGAUUGUCUACCUUACUUAUCAGAUGAUAUUGCUUACAAUCGACGCACAAUGCUGCAGAAUGAUGAUGUGGUAUUCACAGAUGAAGAGAUUCUCAAUUAUACAUUGAUUGAGAUUGAAAGAUUUUUAAUUGGUCAUGGUAAAAGUUUAUUAGAUUUUCCUAAUUUUCCUCAAAUUGAUCGUCAAUUGGUUGAUACUAUGGAAAAUCGGUUGAUUAUGGCUGAGCGCACCUUCAAUAUUGAAGAAGAAAUGACGCUUUUUCAUAAUUUAUUUCGUGGAUUGAAUGCUGAACAAAGGGAGGUGUUUGAUUAUGUUUGUGAUUGUGUUGAUAGACGGACGGGUGGUGCUGUUUUUGUUUUUGGUAGUGGAGGGACGGGAAAAACGUAUUUAUGGAAGACUCUCAUUUCCUGUUUUCGUUCACGUGGCCAAAUCGUCUUGUCUGUUGCUUCUUCUGGGAUUGCCUCUCUUCUACUACCUGGUGGUCGUACAGCGCAUUCGCGUUUUAAGAUUCCCUUUGAACUUGAUAAGGAUUCUUGCUGCUCGAUUGAUGUUGGGACGGAUCUUGCUGGGCUGAUUAAUGAUGACGCGCUUAUAAUAUGGGAUGAGGCACCGCUGCAACAUCAUUAUGCAUUUGAAGCGGUUGACCGUACUUUUAGAGAUAUUUGUCGAAAUAAUAUACCAAAUGCAGACCGUCGAGUAUUUGGAGGGAAAUGUGUCGCUCUAGGAGGAGACUUUCGACAAAUUCUUCCUGUUAUUCCGCUUGCUCCGCGUAGUGAGAUUGUUGCUUCGGUUGUGAAUAAGUCAUCGACUAUAUGGGGUGCGUGUAAGGUGUUUUCUUUAGCGAUUAAUAUGCGGUUGAAUAGUUCAAGUGUUAAUGACGAUGUUGUAAUACAACAUCGAGAUUUCAAUAAGUGGAUUUUAGAUAUGGGGUCUGGUCGUCUUCCUGCAAUUUCGCUAGACGGGGAAGAUGAGAGAACUUGGAUUAAUAUACCUCGCGAUCUAUUGAUUCCUGUUUCAGAUAAUCCUAUUGAAUCAGUUGUUUCAGAUACAUUUCCUAAUAUAGAAGAACGAUUCACUGAUGUUUCUUACCUACAGGAGCGCUGUAUUUUAUCAUCGACUAACAAUGAGGUUGAUACGAUUAAUCUACAUGUUCUUGAUAAGUUGCCAGGUGACAAUCAUGAGUUAUUUAGUCUCGAUUCCAUUUGUGCAAGUACAAAUAAUAUUGAAGAAAUGCAGGCUAUGUAUCCUACGGAGUUUCUUAAUACUUUACAGUUUUCUGGCUUACCGAAUCACAUAUUAAAGUUAAAGGUUGGGGCACCAAUCAUAUUGCUACGUAACUUGAAUCUCAAGAAAGGAUUGUGUAAUGGGACCCGUUUAGUGGUUACUCAAAUAAGUCGUCGUGUUAUUGAGGGCGUUAUUAUUACGGGUACGCAUGUUGGAAGAAGAGCUUUUAUUUCUAGAAUCGAUAUGACUCCAACUUCUACAUGUUGGCCUUUCCAGUUUAAGAGAAGACAGUUUCCCGUGAAACUAUGUUUUGCUAUGACAAUUAAUAAAAGUCAGGGCCAAACAUUUAAACAUGUUUGUGGUUACUUGGUAAAGCCUGUUUUUUCACAUGGUCAACUUUAUGUGAUUGCCUCCCGUGUUACAUCUCGAGCUGGUCUACGAUUUUAUGUUGAUAAUGAUGGUCCUCAUAAUAUAGAAUGGGACAUCGAUGUUGUGGGUGUUCUUCGUGUGUGGGGUUAUCUUGAUACUGAUUUGCGGUCUUCACAAUCAAAUAAUCGGGAAGUACGACGAAUUGUUUUAUCCGAUGAAGUUGGUAAUAAUCUCAAUGCUUCUUUAUGGGGCCAACUUGCACUUAAGUAUACUGAUGAGGACAUGAGACGCCAUGCCACUAAUGCAGUUGUUGUUGUAUUAACAUCUUGCAAGGUUCGAUUGUUUGAAGUUGCAUCUCAAUUAUAUAUUAACUUGUCAUCACCAGUUUGUGAUGUCUUCAAGACAAUGUUACCGGUGCCUGUUUUAUUUAAAGCUAACACACCACAAAAUGAAGACUCGCAAGUUGUUAGUAUUGCUGAUGUUUAUCGAUCUAUUCAGGCAGGAGUUUAUAAGGGGACAUUUUAUAACAUCUUUGGUACUAUAGUUGAUGUUGAUUUGUUUAAUGAUUAG